AUGGAUUUCGAGAGACUGAAGCAGAGCCUACGACUUCGAUCUGGUCGGUCACGAAAAUUGCGCGAACGACAAAGACCGCCAAAAGAGGCAGUGGCAUCAGGUCGAUUCGGCCAAGCACCGCCGGCAGCCCCAAAACCUGAAUCAAAGCCUGGACCGAAACUUGUCAGAGCUCCUGGCAAAGAUCAGCUGUCGCAAACGGAAAAGGCUCGACCGGAACGUAAAGGCAAGCCAACGCGCAAGCACGAAGACAGUGAACCGAAGCAACCACAGAAGACCAAAGAUCAGCAGCCGACUCAAACCACGAAAGACGUCGCCGAAGCAUCACCGCCGCCGGCCAAGCAACAAAGUUCGGGAACAGAAACCAGAGAGAAGCCACCCAAGCAACCCAUGGCACCGAAGGACGAGCCUGAGGUGUCUGACGACAACGAGGGCGAAGACUUCGAUUUGCGCCCGCCAGCUCCUAAGCCAAAGCGAGAGUCUCUAGAAACGACCACAGAGCUUCUGUUCUCGGCGGGUCAUCUAAACUCGAUACUGCAUGAUCCACAGUCGAUCGCACGUUUUACAGCGUUUCUCAACAAAUACAAGCCAGAGUAUCAACCGCUGAUCCUGGGAUACCUUGAGACCCGGAAAGCUAUCGCUGCCAUCGAGUAUGCCAACGCCGUAGCUGCUGGGGCCGUGCUCAGUCAGGGGGAAGUAUCAAAGAAAACAUCUCCAAGAUCUGCCGCCAAGUUAGACGAAGCGUUCGAAGAUGCCUCGAACACCGCGUUCAAUGCCCUAGUCGGCACAGCUUUGCCGAUGUUCGUCACCUACAGUCUGAUCAAAGUAGUAUCGGAGUGUCUGACGAAUGAAAUUACUGGCAAGCAGAGUGCUGUUAUGCAAAACCUGGUGGGCGGACUGUCAGAGGUCUUCUGUCUCACAGACCCCAACCAGCCAGACAACCCCAUUAUCUAUGCUUCCGAAGAGUUUUAUCGAUACACUGGGUAUGGUAGUGACGAUGUCAUUGGCCACAACUGCCGAUUUUUGCAAGGCCCGAAGACUUUGCGAGAGUCUCCACGGCGACUGAAAGAGGCGAUCCAGAAAGGGGAAUUAACGUGCGAGGCCUUGCUAAAUUACAGAAGAGACGGACGACCAUUCGUCAAUCUGCUCAUGAUCGCACCACUGCACGAUGACAAGGGCAAGGUAAAAUACCACAUCGGAGCUCAGGUGGACAUAUCGGGCUUGGUUGAGAACGGGAGAGGUCUGGACUUUUUCGCAAAGUACCUCGAAAGUCGGCAGCCUCGGGGCAGAGGUCGUACCAACGAAAAUGAUCGAUGUAAGGAGGAGCAGCUCAGUAAGCUGCGUGAAUUGAGCGAAAUGUUUGAUCUCGAAGAGUCUGCAGUGGUGCAAACACAUAGUCGCUCCAGCUCGAUCGCAAGGGACGAUGACAGUAUAGCCAGCGUCGACAGGCCCAAAGCCCUACGUCGACUCUUUGUUUCCGACUCAUCUUCGGAAACUGAAGACGAAGACGACGAUACGCAGACCCAGACGUCAGCGGAUGCUUGGAAGCUGGCGCAAGAAGGUCCUCCAGGAAAGCUGACGGGCGGUCUACCUGGCGUGUACGACACGUUCAUGCUGAUUCGCCCUGCUCCGUCGAUGAGAAUCAUAUUUGUCUCAAGGAAAAUACAGAAAUACGUCAAACAUGUUCAGACUCGGUUUAUGUCACAUGUAGCCGGGCCGCCUCGGACCUUGGCAGGAUUGAAGGAAAGCUUUCUUGCUGGGGUGCCUGUCUCUGCGAAAAUAUCCUUCAGCCCAGAGGCAACCAAGAACCACGAUGGCACGAAGAUUGCCACUGGUUACAAGCAUGAAGAUGGCGAACUGGGCAGAGCUUGCUGGAUAUCUGCCACGCCCAUGCUUGGCUCUGACGACAGACCUGGUGUGUGGAUGGUAGUCUUUGUCGAUAAAGCAACGGCAUCAAAGCAGAAGCACACCAAGAAGGUUGAAGCAGACGCCAAAGCUAAUGUCAAUACAACGGAUAACGGUUCGGCCACUUCAGCGAAGUCCCCAAAGUCACCUGAGUCCAACGACUCGCCAAAGAGCGGGACGAAAACCAAACUGGACCUACCAAUCAAGCCUGUUCGCAUAGCCAGCCAAGGGCCGCCUCUGACGAGCGAAGGCGAUGGUGGCGCGAAUAGGGAUUUUGCCAAAGACGAUGAGGCCCAGACUACUACUCAGCCCAGAGAAGCGCCGUCAUCCGAGAAGCCUCUUGAGCAAGAUGCCCAGCAUGAAGACUCUGAUUCACCACCUGCAGCGUCCACAAAUGCUGCUUCGGAAAUCGCAUCAGACAUCAAGGCUCAUCAAGAGUCAAGACCACGUGGCCGACCCUUAAAUGAAUCCACGUCCGACUCUGCGCCAGGUGUGGGCAUUGAUAUGUAUCCCAACACUGUCCCUGCACGGCAGGAGCCGCACACGCCGCCUCGAAAAGCGGAAGACAGACUCGAUGUAGACGAGCAGGACGAAGACCUCAAUGCCACACCGAUAGCGACGCGGAUCAAUACUCGAAGCAGUAGUCCUGACCGGGGCCACAGCCGAAUCGAGCCGCCACCUGAGAUCCAGCACCAUUCUCCUCCACUAGCUCCAACGAACGACCACAAAAGGGAGAACGCGGAGGACAGUCCGAACGAAUACCACGACGCAACGCCUAUGGAUGACUCGCCUACAAAGGCAGCACCAGCCCAGCAGGUGGAGGAUGAGAACACGCCAACAAAGCCAGAAGCUCAAGGAGAGGUCCGCCGCGGAGGUGAGCGGGACCCGAGACCGGACGAUGACGGUGAUGACAUCCACGAACAAGACGACAACGACGAUGGAGCGUCAUUUGUAACAUCCAAGCAGACCCCUCCACAACAGACGUCCAGCAAACGUUCUACCUCAGGCAUGGUUAUAGACUACCUUACACAUCCAGGAAGCUCGGGUCCGGGAAGUAGACGAAACAGAGUGAAUGCAGAAGAGUUUGGGCGAAUAUUGCAACAAUCCAAGAACGAUGGCAAAGGAGACGAGCCCUGGGAUGUCGAGUGCCUCAGGAGUCCUUAUAGCGUCGAUUAG